CGGACGUGACGUAUUCGUUCAGUGUCAAACGGAAACGACAGACUUGACAACAAUCCCGAGUGAAUAGUUCUCCUGUAAUUUAAUUAACUCCUCAAUCUGUUUCUUCCAGAUAUUUUCGAGGAUUCGAAAAGUUUUUAUUCGUCGCUUUAAAUACAUACAGUGACUUUAGUCGACUAAGCCAAGACAGCCAGCCAUACUAACGCUAAAGCUGCGACAUUUUUUAAACCAAACGUAAGCUGCUGUUGUUGUACAGGAGCUAGCUGUCGGUGUUGGAGUUCACACCUGUCAGUAAAUGGCCUGCACUCUUGAAAAAGUGUUGGGCGAUGCCCGGACGCUUCUGGAGAGGCUGAAAGAGCACGACACGGCCGCAGAGGGACUGAUAGAGCAGUCCGGGGCCCUGAGCCAGAGAGUGCACAGCAUGAAAGAGGUGGGGAAUGCCCUUCCUGACAAGCACAUAGAAGACACUUCAGAGAUCCAGGAGCUGACCAAAUACAAGCCUCAUGUCCUUUUAACUCAGGAAAACACACAAAUCAAGGAACUGCAGCAGGAGAAUAAAGAGCUAUGGUUGUCUCUUGAAGAGCACCAGUAUGCACUGGAACUGAUCAUGGGUCGAUACCGUAAGCAGAUGCUCCAGCUGAUGAUGGCGAAGAAAGAGCUGGACACUAAACCUGUGCUCACCCUCCACGAGGACCACGCCAAAGAAGUGCAGAGCCAAUUGGAGCGAAUAUGUGAGAUGGGACAGGUGAUGAGAAGAGCGGUGCAGGUGGAUGAUCAGCACUACUGCUCUGUUAGAGAGAGGCUUGCACAACUAGAGAUUGAGAACAAGGAGCUGCGAGACCUCCUGGUCAUCAGCAAGGCCUCGGUGAAGACAGCGAGAGAAGAAACUAACCAGCCAACAGCAGCACAAGAACAAAAAGAGUCCCCUGAGCCAGCAGACGACGAGUAAACAGAGCAACUCUGAAAUGAACUGUGGUCGCGAAAAUGACACCUUCAGGACCAGGAGACAGGGUGGAUGUUCUCUUUACCUAAAUUCAGCACAUUAUUUUUUUAUCUUAAGGUGGAAUGCAGUCAAACCACAAGCAUAUUUUUUAUUAGUGAAGGCCACUCAAACACAGCACCUUCUUUACCUUCGGGAUCUCUGUUGAUGGUAGCUAUUGUUAAUAUGUGUUCAGCAUGGGAUGUAUCACUGCAGUCUUGUUGGAGUGACGUUCACACUUUCACC